GCUCUUCUCUUCUUGCAGCGCCUGGAGAUUUCUGUCUCUCUCUCUGUUGCCCUACCUCCUCCCGGCCUGCCUUUCCCCUCCCAGGCUAGACGAUGGGUAGAAAUGACCCAGAGGAAGGACGGCUCCCAGCUCCCGUGAAGCCCCCGGAUGGUGGCUGGGGCUGGAUCGUGCUCCUCGGCUGCUUUGUGAUCACCGGCUUCUCCUAUGCCUUCCCAAAAGCUGUCAGUGUCUACUUCAAGGAGCUCAUGAAAGAUUUCCAUGUGGGCUACAGUGACACAGCCUGGAUCUCCUCCAUCAUGCUGGCCAUGCUCUACGGGACAGGACCAGUAUGCAGCAUCAUGGUGAACCAGUUUGGCUGCCGGCCCGUGAUGCUCAUUGGUGGACUGCUAGCUUCUUCUGGGAUGAUCCUGGCAUCUUUUACGACCAAUAUCAUUGAGCUUUAUCUGACAGCUGGCGUGCUGACAGGUCUGGGUAUGGCGUUGAACUUCCAGCCCUCCCUGAUCAUGCUGGGCACCUACUUCGACAAGCGUCGGCCUCUUGCCAAUGGACUGGCUGCCGCUGGGAGCCCUGUCUUCCUUUCCUCCCUCUCUCCACUGGGUCAAGUGCUGCUGGAGAAGUUUGGUUGGCGAGGUGGGUUCCUUAUCAUGGGGGGCCUUCUGCUUAACUGCUGCACUUGUGGAGCCGUCAUGAGACCCCUGGAUAUGGGCAUGAAGCGGAAGAUGGAGAAAGCUCAGGACAAAUAUGAAGCCAAGGAGAUGCUGCCCAUAGGAGGGAAAUCAGAAGAGGGAAUCAGCUCUGCUGAUGGAACCAAGAAAGCCAAGAAAGCCAAGAAGAAGCCCAAGAAAGGAAAGAAGCUUCUGGAUUUUAGUAUCUUUUCCAACCGAGGGUUUAUCAUUUACACUAUUUCAAAGUUCAUCCUGGUCUUGGGUCUCUUCGUGCCCCCCAUAUUGCUGGUCAACUACGCCAAGGACACGGGUGUACCAGACACAGAGGCCGCGUUCUUGCUCUCCAUCAUUGGUUUCAUAGACAUCUUUGCCCGCCCAGCCUGCGGCAUGGUGGCAGGUUUGAAGUGGGUUCGCCCUCACGUGGCGUACCUGUUCAGCUUCUCUAUGCUCUUCAACGGCUUGACAGACGUCUGCAGUGCCAGGGCUAGCAAUUACACAGGGCUGGUCAUCUUCUGCGUCUUUUUUGGCAUCUCGUAUGGCAUGGUGGGAGCACUGCAGUUCGAGGUGCUGAUGGCCAUCGUUGGCUCCCAGAAGUUCUCCAGCGCCAUCGGGCUGGUCCUACUUAUCGAGGCUUUCGCAGUGCUCAUCGGUCCCCCCUCUGCAGGCCGCUUGGUUGAUGCUCUCAAGAACUACGAGGUGAUCUUCUACCUGGCGGGCUCAGAGGUAGUGCUCUCUGCUCUCUUCCUGGCCAUGGCCACCUACUGCUGCCUGAACCGAGGGAAGAAGAAGGAACCUCCCCCGGAGAAGAAUCCCUCCGCGGGCGGUGGGAGCGACACCGAGGAAGCAGAGUCCGACGUACAAGAAGCCGAGGAGCACAGCAGUGAUAACCACCAGCCGGUCCACAGCACCGACAACGCUGUGGUGGUGGCCAGUGAGGAGGCCAACCACGUGGCAGAGGAGCAGAGCGGGGAGGGAGAAGGGUGUCCCGAAGGGGAUGGGGAGGUGUUGGCACGAGACGGCUGCAACGCUGACCAGAUGGUGGAGAGGGACAGGUUUUAGCCAGGGCAGAGGAACAGGGAUGUAUAAAACUGGCCUUGUUCGCAUGCACCUCAGCGUGGGAGGGUGGGUGGGAUACGGGGUGGAGAAAGCUGAGACAAAAGCAGAUGUAAGAAGUAAGAGGAAGAGGUGUAAGAAUAGCUGGUCCUUAUGUACAUAUGUCCACAUAACUACUCAGUGAUACGUUUACUUGCAUCCUGCACCCGUGCUGGUACAGCACAGGCUCAGAGCAGCCCAAACACCAAAAAAGAAAAGAAAAAGAAAAAAAAUCUUCUUUCCUCACUUCCAAACCAGCCCUGGAGAAAGUCUUUUGAAGAGGCUGCCAAGGACUCUCCUUUUCCUUCUGCAUUUCACAAUACAAAACACAAUUAGAGACUCUUUGUA